GUUCCAGCAAGGCCCAGGCUAAUGGCCAUGUUAUCUUAUCUUUUAUACUUGAGUUUACGGAAAUGAGAGGCUGGAUGCAACCCUUUCUCGAUUUCUUCUUAGUUGGUCCAGUCGAUAAUGCCGCCUGUUAACCCUCAGAUACUCGGUAAGUUAGAACAUUCUCAGAAGGUACUCGAGACAGCACCAUCAGAACAUUCAACUCCUGCUAAACUCCCAUCUCGCAAUCCAACCCGCUCCUUCUGGAUUGAUUCUUCCCCGGACGCCAAUCCACUCGCUGGCCAAGGCAGCCAAGAUCCUCUGCCUAGCGAGGCAGACGUUUGCAUCAUCGGGGCUGGUUUCACUGGCGUUGGCGUCGCAUACCAUCUCAUCGAACUCUUGAAUAAUGCUUCGCUUUCUAUCAAACACCCGCUCAGUAUCGUGAUACUCGAGGCGAGAGAUUUCUGCUCAGGAGCGACCGGAAGGAAUGGCGGACAUCUUACACCAGCCGCGUUCACCAGGUUUGCUCAACGUCAGGCAUUAUUUGAUACGGUCGAGGCAAUUAAGUCAUAUGAACUGGAGCAACACACCACUUCUCUGCUCGUCAAGAUCAUAGAGGAGAAUGGCUGGGCGAGUGACGUCGACCUCGUAGAAGGUGGACACAUAAGUCUCUUGUUCACGGAGAAGGAAGCAAAAAACGCGCACAAUGACUUCGAUAUGGCACGUCAAGCACAGCUCAAUCUAGAUGGUGUGGAAUGGUUCUCGAAGGAGGAACUCGAGAAGGCAUAUGGCGCCCCUUACCCAGGAUUCCGCAGGCCAGGGUAUAAUGUCUGGCCGCUAAAACUCGUCACAAAGUUGUACCAGCACGCUCAAGCACACGCUAGGCAAUACGCCUCCCUCAGCUUGCACACUCGGACGCCGGUGACUGCAGUCACGCAUGAAACGACUUCCACUUAUACAGUCGUGACGAACCGGGGUAGCAUAUCGUGCUCCCGUAUCGUUCAUGCUACGAAUGGAUAUGCCCCUCACCUCCUUCCCUUCCUCGCGAGUCCAGAUGGGAUUAUACCCGCUCGAGGACAAGUAAUGACCACCCGUGCUUCUGUCGGUACUGAUCAAAUUAAGAUAUCGAGCUGGAGUGGAAACAAAGGGUUUGCAUACUGGUUCCCCCGACCCGUAACACGCGACACCGAAAAACCGUUGAUCAUCAUCGGUGGUGGCCAGGAAGCUGCGGCACCCAGUCGUGAGCUAUAUGUGGACGACGACUCUGAAACGCACCCUCUCGUUGGGAAAGCGCUCCGCGAGUUCUUGCCAUCUGUAUUUGAAGGUAAAUAUGACCCUCAUUCGGAGCCUGAGAUGGAAUGGACUGGCAUCACGGGCUACACGAAGAUGGGGGAUCCAUUUGUUGGUGCCGUAGCAGACUUACUCGCAGCCAAUCCAAAUAGAGACCUGUACAAGAAACAGUACAUCGCUGCAGGAUAUACUGGUCAUGGAAUGCCGCGCGCAUUCGGAUGUGCCGAAGUUAUCGCGCAAAUGAUUCUAGCUGAGAUUUCUGAUAAAGAGUGGAAGGAACCCGAUUGGCUUCCACAACGUUAUCUGACGUGGAAUAGACGAGUCGAGUAAGGUCUUACGGAGCACGAAGCUGGAAAAACCGGAUGCGGGUGUGGGUCCUUUGAUUGUGAUUCUACCCGAAGCGAUGAUCACGUGACUUCUCUGUAGUUAGCUUGUGUAAAAUAUUUGAAAAACAAAUUGUAUGCUCUGAGGU